CUCAGCCGCUGAAGCUGCAGCAACUCAAUCAGGCGGCGCUGCUAUACCACCUCCUACGGCAGCUUCUGGCAACUAUAACUCCUAUGGUGGUACUGGCUCGUUGCAUUCAUCUCAGCCUGCUGUACCUCCAAUAAAUCCUGCUAAUAUUCCUGAUCAGCCUCCCAACAAGAUUCUUUUUGUUACCAAUCUUCCUUCGGAUGCAGAUGAGGCUAUGCUUGGCAUGCUUUUUACUCAAUUUUCUGGUUUUCGCGAGAUUCGUAUGGUACCUGGCCGUAGUGAUAUUGCAUUUGUUGAAUUUGGAACAGAACGAGAAGCCGCUGGUGCAAAACAUGGUCUUCAAGGUUUCACCGUUCGUCCAGGCCAUCCUAUAAGAAUCACUUUUGCUAAGAAAUAA